CUAGCCUAAGGCAUCUGAAGAGCCAGCGGGCACCAUUCACUCAGCCCAGCCUCCUAACCUCCAGCAUACUGCACAGCAGGGGCCAUGAUCCUGCCCUCCAUUCUGCUACUUGUUGCCCACACCCUGGGAGCAAAUGUUGAAUGUGGCGUGAGACCCCUCUAUGACAGCAGAACUCGACACUCCAGGAUCAUAGGAGGGCAGGAGGCUGAGGUGGGUGAGUUUCCGUGGCAGGUGAGCAUUCGAGAAAUGAAUCAUCAUUUAUGUGGCGGCUCCAUUAUCAGCGAGUGGUGGAUCCUCACCGUGGCUCACUGCUUUUAUUCUGAGAUUUCCCCAGAAGAACUGACAGUCAUAGUGGGAACCAAUGACUUAACUACCUCCUCACCCAUGGAACUAGAGGUCAGCAGCAUAAUUCGCCACAAAAACUUUCAAAGACACAACAUGGACAAUGAUAUUGCCUUGUUGCUGCUGGCCACGCCCAUCAAAUUCAAUGAUCUGACAGUGCCCAUCUGCCUGCCUUUCCAACCCACCCCUUCCAGCUGGCAUGACUGUUGGGUGGCAGGAUGGGGCAUAACCAACUUAGUCAAUAAAACAUCUUCAAAAGCCGACCUGAUGAAGGCACCGAUGCAUAUUAUAGACUGGAAGGAAUGCACAAAGAUAUUUACGAAGCUGACCACAAACAUGCUGUGUGCUGCAUAUGGCAAUGAGACCUAUGAUGCCUGCCAGGGUGACAGUGGGGGACCACUUGUCUGCAACACAGAGCCUGGAAAGAAGUGGUAUCAGGUGGGCAUCAUCAGCUGGGGCAAGAGCUGUGGAGAAAAAGGCGUUCCAGGAAUAUACACCAUGUUGUCAAACUAUACCCUGUGGAUUCAGAAAAUAGCCCAGAUAGAGGGGAAGCCCCUGGAUGUUAAGCGUUUGAGGGACCCUGGCAAGAAGAAAACCAGAGGACGCAGCCAUUCCUCCAAAUGCCAAACACUGGGCUACCCCAAACGCUGGCUCCUGUCCUGCCUUCUGUCCUGUGUGCUACUCAGAGCCUUGUCCAACUGGGAAUAAAGUGAUGCCGUCUCUAACCCCCA